AUGGAUGGUUGGAGGUAAGAGAGGGAAGAGAAAUUUUUUACUGCAUACUCUUUUGAACCUUUUGACUUUUAUACUAUGUUCAGUUAUUACCUAUCCUUACGAUUUUCUCCCUCCUCAGUUCCACACACACAAAAUAAAAAUUUUAAAAGUACUGACUACAAAAAUCUCUCUAUACUUCAUCCCUGUACCAACGUUAAAAUUAUGCACUGAUCAUUUGGGGUAACAUUACAUUACCUUCUUGACAGCUCAGGAGUUCAACUUCAACAAACAACAUUUUAUUCAAUAUUUUACUACUGCUGGGAAGGCUGUUGAUAACGUCAGUGAACACUGCAUGAUAAUCGUACUUGCUCCUUGGAAAAGCAACACAGCAGCACCAGGGAGUAAAAACUUAAGUUUAACUGAUAUUAAAAUUUUCAGGGAUUAAGUAAAGCUACAAAUCCUACUUUUCCAGGAAAUUCAAAACCAGCAAACCAAAAAAAAGUCCCCUGGUAUCCUUCAAAAACUGCAAAAGAUCUGCAAAAAUCUACAAGAAAGUGAGGCAAAUGAUACUACACGGACACAGUUAUAUCCAUUAGUGUAAUGUGAUUUAAUCCUUAUAGAGGUCCCUAAAAUGUCAUAUCUGGACUACCUCACACGUUCUGCAGAAGAGACAAGAUGAGAAGCUGGCUGCGUGACCUUAUAAGAGCGCACCCAUCCCCUGCCCUGGGCUUCACACUCCUCCCUCUCCCUCUCUUUAGCCACCAGAGUAAACCCUGCAAACAUAGGUGUCACUUGGUCCGCUUAAGCCCCACUGGGAGGAAUACUAGGCUGAGCAAACAUGCCUUCAGGAUUUCACAGCAAAGCCCUUCAACCAAAAAAAGGAUCAAGACCUUUCUUUGAAAGAAAGAAAGAUAAGGACUGCCUGAGAAGAGAAGCUUCUGGAAUUUCUGAGCAGCCCUGGUCAGUACAAGAUGGACCCUGUAGUCUUGAGUUACAUGGACAGUCUACUGCGGCAAUCAGAUGUCUCACUAUUGGAUCCUCCAAGCUGGCUCAAUGACCAUAUUAUUGGGUUUGCCUUUGAGUACUUUGCCAACAGUCAGUUUCAUGACUGCUCUGAGUACGUCUGCUUCAUCAGCCCCGAAGUCACCCAGUUCAUCAAGUGCACUAGCAACCCAACAGAGAUCGCCAUGUUCCUUGAACCCCUGGAUCUCCCCCACAAGAGAGUUGUAUUUUUAGCCAUCAAUGAUAAUUCCAACCAGGCAGCUGGGGGAAGCCAUUGGAGUUUGUUGGUUUAUCUCCAAGAGAAAAAAACCUUUUUUCAUUAUGAUUCCCAUAGCAGAAGCAACUCAGUCCAUGCAAAGCAGGUAGCAGAGAAACUGGAGGCUUUCAUAGGCAGAAAAGGAGACAAACUGGCCUUUGUGGAAGAGAAAGCCCCUGCUCAACAAAACAGCUAUGACUGUGGGAUGUACGUGAUUUGUAACACUGAGGCCUUGUGUCAGAACUUCUUUAGGCAACAGCCAGAAUCACUAUUACAGCUGCUCACUCCUACGUACAUCACAAAGAAGAGGGGAGAAUGGAAAGAUCUCAUUGCCAGACUUGCUAAAAAUUAGCUGUUGAAGUGUAUUUUGUGACUUUUGAAGCCUCCUCUCUCUGCCCAUCCCCAUUUAUUGGAUGGCUGCAAUCUCAGUGCCUGAGGGAAGAUGCCUGGUAGAGGGAAGCUUAGGAUUUUUACUUUCUCUUGAAAGAAUGUCAUCCUCUGCAUUAUCCUAAUGAAAGUUUCACUUUAACCCUAGCUUGAGAGCAAUAUGUUCUGUGAAAAUGUCUUGAAGUUAUGCACCAAAACCUUAAGACCAAGCGAUUUUAAGAUUUAUUAAUUCCCUUUUGGUAUCCCUUAUCCAUAUUGGCUUAUUCCCAAGGAAAGGCAGUAAUCUGUAAAAUAAAUUAAGAAUAUGUGAAAUCUAGAGGAAUGCAAGAAGAAAACUAUUGAAGAACCAAAAACUUAUUGCACAGCCUACAUAUUUAAAGAGAUCAACUGGCUAGAAGCAGAUCAAGACCUAACCUAAUUCAAGAUUAAAUGCUAUGAAAAUCAUUUACUCAGUUCUGUGAUCUCUCUUCCAUUCACCAUGCAAAGUCUUUUCUGCCUGUCUGCGUAACUUUUGCAAAUAUUUGAUAGAGGUGAUGUUAUCCCAUCUUCCUCCAUCUGAUUCUUGAAUGCUUUAAGUAAGGGGGAACUUUAAGUAAUUUCAUUAAAAUAAAUGGCUAUUGUAGCCCUCUUAGUUUGCUCAGUGAAUGGGGUCAACUUGCUACUCUGGAUUGAUAACAGCUUUCCGUCACCAUGUCUAUUAGCCAUGGCACACUCCUUCCUUAUGUCCAAAUUUCUCUGGUUUUAAAACUCAUGGCUGAUAACUUUCCAAGGUUACCUGUUAUUUCAGGUAAAUAUUUCUGCUUUCUGACAGUCAGUUUUUCCUCUCCUCUCUAUCCUUAAUCUGGCAGAAUUGUUUUCAGUUAUGUCAUGGUGAUUUCAGAAUGAUUAUUCUAUCUGAAACUCACAGGGUAAAAGUUGGUUUGUUUUUGAGAUAUAAAUGAGAAAAAGUGGCCUUUGUCAACCCUUUUGCUUAAUUCAAAAUGCAGACUAUGUAACUUUUUAAAUGUGGAACCAAGAGUAAAAAAAUGUAACCCUCCUAAA